GAAUCCUCGGCUAAUUAGAUUGUCCACUUCCAUUUAUACAAAUUGUAGAAAAAUUCGCACUGGCGAUAAAUUUUCAUAGUGAAUACGCUUUUGGAACAUAUCCUUCCUUCCCUUCCUUUAUGAAAGAUAGUUGGAAGCCGAGGAGAGGCCCGGUAGAAUGAAUGCUGCCCUCUAGGGAAACUGAACGGUCGAAAGAAGUCAAGAGCGAGGAGGUGGACGAGUAUGAAACUGGCAAAGAGAACAUCAACAAGAAACGCAAGCGAUCAAAUAAUGUGAAGAACGGUAGUCGUGUGCCGAGUGAACACGAUUUAGGCGAGCUACUGCCAAGCAAGAGACUAAAUAUGGACAUUGACGAGGAAAAUAUUGCGGAUGAGAGUAAUGAGAUGACGGAUUCGCCAGGCAAAACCUUUCCUGCGCCAACAAAUAACCAUUUGAGUGACCGUUCUCCUCUAGCAAACGCCAAAACACCCGGAGCUAAGAAGCUCGUUAUAAAAAACCUCAAAGCUAAGCCUAAGCUUCCUGACAACUUCAAAGACACAACAUGGGGUAAAUUGAGGGAAGCUAUUUGUGCGAUUCAGAAUAAGACCUCAAUCUCAUCUAGUCUGGAGGAUUUGUACAAGGCUGUGGAAAACAUGUGCUCACAUAAAAUGUCUUCAGUUCUUUACAAUCAACUGAAGGAUGAAUGUGAGCAACAUGUGAAAUCCAGAUUAUCACAGUUUAUUGGUGAAUCCCUGGACAGCUAUUUUUAUCUGACAAAACUAAAUCAUUGCUGGGAAGAUCAUUGUCAACAAAUGAUAAUGAUAAGGAGCAUAUUUUUGUUCUUGGACCGCACUUAUGUUCUGCAAAACCCGACUAUCAUAUCAAUAUGGGAUUUAGGACUUCAGCUUUUCCGAAUUCACAUUGUUGACAAUAAGAUUGUGGUGGAAAGAACAAUUGAGGGACUUUUGUCUCUGGUGGAGCGAGAAAGAAAUGGUGAAGCUGUUGACAGAAUAUUACUAAAAAGUUUGCUACGUAUGCUGGCAGAUUUACAGAUGUAUGAUUCUUCCUUCGAAAACAAAUUCAUCCGAGCAACGGAAGUUCUUUACGCAGCUGAAGGGGAUAGACUGAUGCAGGAGAGUGAUGUACCAGAGUAUCUUGAGCAUGUACAAAGAAGACUGCAAGAAGAAAAUGAUCGUUUACUUCAUUACUUAGACCACUCAACGAGGAAACCCUUGAUUACGUGCGUGGAAAAACAGUUACUUGGAAAGCAUUCGCAAAGUGUAUUGCAAAAAGGCUUCGAAAAGUUAAUGGAUGCGAACAGAAUCGAAUUCUUAACAUUGACUUACCAACUGUUUAUGAGAAUACGUAAAGGCCUCGACGACCUGUGUGUUGCAUUCAGUAACUAUAUAAAGAGGUGCGGCCUGGAGAUUGUCGUUACAGUGGAUCCAGAGAAAGAUAGAACGAUGGUCCAGGAUUUACUCGACUUCAAAGAAAAAUUGGACAAUAUUAUAACUCAGGCUUUCAUGAAACACGAGAAAUUUGUAAAUGCAAUGAAGGAUAGUUUUGAAAAUUUCAUAAACAAGAGGCCGAAUAAGCCAGCGGAAUUAAUAGCGAAGUUUGUUGACACGAAACUCAGAGUUGGCAAUAAGGAGUCCACGGAAGAGGAACUUGAGAAACUUUUAGAUAAAAUAAUGGUACUCUUUAGAUUUAUUCAAGGAAAAGAUGUGUUCGAAGCUUUCUACAAAAAAGAUUUGGCAAAGCGCCUGCUUGUCGGCAAAAGUGCCUCAGUUGAUGCGGAGAAAUCUAUGCUUUCUAAAUUAAAACAAGAAUGUGGGGCUUCCUUCACUAGCAAACUGGAAGGAAUGUUCCGGGAUAUGGAAUUGUCCAAAGAUGUUUUAAUCCAAUUUAAGCAGUAUCUUCAGCACCAAUUACUUCCUAGUAACAUUGAUAUGGCAGUGAAUAUAUUAACAAUGGGUUAUUGGCCAACAUACAUACCUGUUGAGAUCAACCUACCCGUAGAGAUGGUGCUCUAUCAAGAUACGUUUAAGAAAUUUUACCUUGGCAAACACAGUGGCCGUAAGCUUCUUUGGCAGAAUACACUGGGUCAUUGUGUGCUUAGAUCAUCAUUUGCCGAGGAUAACGUGAAGGAUCUCCAAGUGUCUCUGUGUCAAGCACUGGUUCUUUUAAUGUUCAAUGAUAGGGAUAAUCUUCCGCUCGAAGAUAUACGAAGUGAAACUCGGAUAGAGGAUAAUGAACUGCGGAGAACAUUGCAAUCGUUAGCCUGUGGUAGAGCAAGAGUAAUCACGAAAGUCCCGAAGGGUAAAGAUAUUGGAGAUAAUGAUAUAUUUUCAUUUAAUGCUGAGUUUAAACACAAACUGUUUCGCAUUAAAAUCAAUCAGAUACAAAUGAAGGAAACGCCAGAGGAAAACGUCAGCACUACAGAACGUGUCUUUCAAGAUCGGCAAUAUCAGAUUGAUGCAGCUAUUGUGCGAAUUAUGAAAACAAGAAAGACUCUCAGUCAUAAUUUAUUAGUAUCUGAAGUUUAUAAUCAACUCAAGUUUCCUGUAAAGCCUGCUGAUUUAAAGAAACGAAUAGAAAGCCUUAUUGAAAGAGACUAUAUGGAAAGAGACAAAGAAAUACAAAACCAAUAUCAUUAUGUUGCAUAAUUUUCGUAGUUUCAGACGGACAGUGUGUCUAUCGCGGGAGACUU